AUCAAUAUGUUCGCAUGGAUAAUACGAAAAUGUGCGCAUGUACAGAUGUAUGCGCAUGUACUUCUGUUCGAUAUAACUAGUUCAUUUCUCCAAUUUCAGACAGUGAACUUCGAAAAAUAUAACAUAUAACGUAAAGAAAUUUAUAUUGAAUUAAAAGUAAAGAUGUCGAAUAGUAAAUGUAUUAAACAAUUGCGCAAAAAUUAUGUAAAAGAUCAACAAGAAAUGUCACAUUCGGAAAAACUACGAUUGAUAGAUGAUGAAUUGAAUGCAUUUUACAAAUAUUGUCAACAAGCUGGCUUCACAGAAGAAGAAAUGGAUAUUAUUUGUCAACCAUUAGUAGCUGCAAUGCGGCGCUCUUGGUUACAACUUGUUAUCAGAGGAACACUUGUAUUAAUUGUUCUUGGUACUUUAGCAUGUCUAGCAGCUCAACUUGAUUUUGUUGGAACUCAUUUUACUGCAAUUAGUCGUCUUUUACUUAUCAAAGUUCUACCAAUCUGGAAUUGGCAACCCUUGUAUUAUGAAAAUUGUAUGAUUAAUAAUCCUUUUUAUAAUGAUUAUAUGAUAACUGAAGAAGAUUGUGUGACUUGCGAAGCUUUGGAAACUAUUGAUCGUUUAUCAGAUGUAAGAUAUCGGAAUCUUGUUGAUAAUUAUCUGAGUAGAGAUGCACCUGCAAUUAUUACAGAUGCAAUGGAUUCUUGGGCAGUUAUGAAUACAGAUUAUUUUUGGUUUGAUAACAUUACUCAUCUUUAUUUAGAAAAUGAACGCUUAAUGGAAACAGUACCAUGUGCCUUGACUUCAAAUUUGAGAACUGGUUCGUCUGACUUGGCAGCAUUUUUGCGUCGGGUACAUUCACCUGAAGUAGCUAAAUGGUUCGUCCAUUGGCAAAAUUGCGAUAUUAAUGCGGUGAAAGUGUUGAGAAAGUAUUACCAACGUCCAUAUUUCCUUUCAAGUACUGUCUCACCAGCGCAUUUUAAUUGGGUUCUUAUGUCUUCGGAUUAUAAUAGUCCGAGUUAUAAAAAAGUCGAACUAGAUUCGGGUCUUAUAGCUCUAGCUCAAUUAAGAGGAGCUACGCAACUUCGUUUGACUCCUAUAAAUCCUUGUAAUAGUUCUUGUCCUGAACUAGUAGCAGAUUUGCAUCAAGGCGAGAUGCUUGUUUUUACUAAUUUAAUGUGGACUUUGGAAUAUGCGCCGAUGAGAGGAUUAGACAACAUUGCAAUUUUGACUGAAACUGUCUGGGAGGAGGAUACAUAAAUCAUAACAUUCUCUUUAUAUUGUGUUAGUCUAUGAUACUCUUAAUCUAAGUAUAUAUUGCUUAAUUAAAUUAUAUAUAUGUAUACUCAUUCUGCUGUCAUAGUUCACAUUAAAUAAAAUACUUCUUUCAUCUAAUAAAUGUGAACUUAUUUU